ACUCCUGCCUGGGGAGAAAACAUGUAAACGCGCCUCCAGAGGAGGGGCUGGGGUAGCUGGGAGCGGCGGGGGAGGCUGAAGGUGAGGCCGGGAAGGUGGCCGAGAGCCCCCGCUGCCGGGCCCUUGUCCGUGCUCCCUCUGGGCGUCAGCCCCAACCCUGUUGGCCCCCACCCCACCCCCUUUUCGAAGGGAUUGCUUUUUUUUUCCCUCUGCGGCGGCGGAAAUGACAGUGUGGAGCUGCCGUGGUGUCAUGGUGCUGCCCCUGGACUGAGGGGGCGAAUCUAAAACUCUUAAGUUUGGAGCGUCGCGACCGCCGUGCUGUCCCUUGCGGGGCGCGCGGGCGGGCGGAUCCCGGCUGCUGCGCGGCGGCAGCAGCGAAGGCGAAGGCGGGCGGCGGCCUAGAGCGGCGGCAGCGGCAGCUCGGGGAGCUCGCGCCAGCGUCGGAGCCGGAGCCAGCUCGCGGCGGAGGGAGGCGAGCGCCCUGCGCCCUGGGGCGCGCUGAGGAGAUGGCCGGCGCCCGGGAACGCUCUGGGUGAAAGCUCAGCCUCUGUGGUUCUUAAUGCCUCAGCAGGAUUAUUUUCAUUAAAGAUGGAAACACUGGAGUCUGAAUUGACCUGUCCAAUCUGCCUAGAGUUGUUUGAAGACCCCCUCCUGCUCCCUUGUGCUCAUAGCCUCUGCUUCAGCUGUGCGCAUCGCAUCUUGGUCUCCAGUUGCAGCUCUGGUGAAUCCAUUGAACCCAUUACUGCUUUCCAGUGUCCUACGUGCAGGUAUGUUAUCUCGCUGAACCACCGGGGUCUGGAUGGCCUCAAGAGGAAUGUGACUCUGCAGAACAUUAUUGACCGUUUCCAGAAGGCUUCAGUUAGUGGGCCCAAUUCCCCAAGCGAGAGCCGCCGUGAGAGGACUUACAGGCCCAGCACCGCCAUGUCUAGUGAGCGAAUUGCUUGCCAAUUCUGUGAGCAGGAUCCGCCACGGGAUGCAGUGAAAACAUGCAUCACCUGUGAGGUCUCCUACUGUGACCGUUGCCUGCGGGCCACACACCCCAACAAGAAACCUUUCACCAGCCACCGCCUGGUGGAACCAGUGCCAGACACACAUCUUCGAGGGAUCACCUGCCUGGACCACGAGAAUGAGAAAGUGAACAUGUAUUGUGUAUCUGAUGACCAAUUGAUCUGUGCCUUAUGCAAACUGGUGGGGCGUCACCGAGACCAUCAGGUCGCAUCCCUGAAUGAUCGGUUCGAGAAACUCAAGCAAACUCUGGAGAUGAACCUAACCAACCUGGUUAAGCGUAACAGUGAACUAGAAAAUCAAAUGGCCAAGCUAAUACAGAUCUGCCAGCAGGUUGAGGUGAAUACUGCUAUGCAUGAGGCAAAACUUAUGGAAGAAUGUGACGAGUUGGUAGAGAUCAUCCAGCAGAGGAAGCAAAUGAUUGCUGUCAAAAUCAAAGAGACAAAGGUUAUGAAACUGAGAAAGUUGGCACAGCAGGUUGCUAAUUGCCGCCAGUGUCUUGAAAGGUCAACAGUCCUCAUCAACCAAGCUGAGCACAUCCUGAAGGAAAAUGACCAAGCACGGUUUCUCCAGUCUGCAAAAAAUAUUGCUGAGAGGGUCGCUAUGGCAACUGCAUCUUCUCAAGUUCUGAUUCCAGACAUCAAUUUUAAUGAUGCCUUUGAAAACUUUGCUUUAGAUUUUUCCAGAGAAAAGAAACUGCUGGAGGGGCUAGAUUAUUUAACAGCCCCCAACCCACCAUCUAUCCGAGAGGAACUCUGUACUGCCUCCCAUGACACCAUUACAGUCCACUGGAUCUCGGAUGAUGAGUUCAGCAUCAGCUCCUAUGAGCUUCAGUACACCAUUUUCACUGGCCAGGCUAACUUCAUCAGUAAGUCAUGGUGUAGUUGGGGCCUGUGGCCAGAGAUAAGGAAAUGUAAGGAAGCAGUAAGCUGCUCAAGAUUGGCCGGGGCGCCACGAGGCCUGUAUAAUUCAGUGGAUAGCUGGAUGAUUGUGCCCAAUAUUAAGCAGAACCAUUAUACAGUGCAUGGACUCCAGAGUGGGACACGCUACAUCUUCAUUGUUAAAGCCAUAAACCAAGCAGGCAGCCGGAACAGUGAACCUACCCGACUAAAAACAAACAGCCAGCCCUUUAAACUGGAUCCUAAAAUGACUCACAAGAAGUUGAAGAUCUCCAAUGACGGAUUGCAGAUGGAAAAGGAUGAAAGCUCUCUGAAGAAGAGCCAUACCCCAGAGAGGUUUAGUGGCACAGGGUGCUAUGGGGCAGCAGGAAAUAUAUUCAUCGACAGUGGCUGCCACUACUGGGAGGUGGUGAUGAGUUCCUCAACAUGGUAUGCAAUUGGCAUUGCCUACAAAUCAGCUCCCAAGAAUGAAUGGAUUGGCAAGAAUGCCUCCUCGUGGGUCUUCUCUCGAUGCAAUAGUAACUUCGUAGUGAGACAUAACAACAAGGAAAUGCUGGUGGAUGUACCUCCGCAGUUGAAGCGUCUGGGUGUCCUUCUGGAUUAUGACAACAACAUGUUGUCUUUCUAUGACCCAGCUAACUCUCUCCAUCUUCAUACUUUUGAUGUGACCUUUAUUCUUCCAGUUUGUCCAACGUUCACAAUCUGGAACAAAUCCCUAAUGAUCUUGUCUGGCUUGCCUGCCCCAGAUUUUAUUGAUUACCCUGAGCGGCAGGAAUGCAACUGCAGGCCUCAAGAAUCCCCCUAUGUUUCAGGGAUGAAAGCUUGCCAUUAAGUUUCAAGAGAGUAUAAUUCACUGGCUCUCUAGUUCAGCAGUUCUUCCCCUCCUAAACCUCAGUUAGUAUCCAAUAUACAAAAUACAAAAUAAAGUUCAUUUGAAGCAUCCAAAACAACUAGAUAUUAUAGAUUUAAUUUUUGUGCAUUAAAUCUUGUAUUUGACUUAAUGGUUUGAGUUUCUCAGAACGAAUUAUCUGAGUAGUCUGCAUUCAAGCCACUGGAGAAGAAAUUCAGAGAAUGCCUCUCUUAUCACUGGAGAAUUAAAAAUUUCCAAUGAUUUGGAGUAUAAAUGAUAUUGGGAGGAAUUAGGGUAAUUCUAGGUAAAUAAUGUAGAAAGAGGCUCUGAACAAGGAGCUAGCCAGCCAGAAAGGGGCUGUCAGCUUUUCUAGGACUGACCAAUUUAGCCCAGUAGAAUUUUGACAUGUCAAAUGAUUGCAUAUUAUAUGGAGCUUUUAAUAAAAACCUACAAUCACAAAUUUAUUAUAAAGAAAAUGUGUAUAUGUAUAUAUAAUUUAUAUAAAAUGAAUAAAUAAUAUGUCAUUUAUUCAUUUUAUAAUUACAUAUACAUAAUAAACUGUUUAAUUUGAUCAUUUGAAUAAGAAAUAUACUGGAAGGGAAAAUAAAUUAUAUCAUUCAUUUUUGUCCCCUAAAGUCGACAUCAAAAUCAGUCAACAUUUCUCUCCUUUCUCCCUUCAUCCCUUUUUUCCUCCCUGUUCUCACACACACAUACAUAUGCAAUAAUGGUACAAAUGGUGGGAAGAGUUCUAGUUUGGGUUAAGAUAUUGAGGGACAAGAUUGCACAAGAGAUAACUAUUGCUGGAUAGAAAAUUGAUCGAGAUAGAAGUGUUUCGUGUAGCACAAUUUCACUGAUGUUACCUUAAUGGAGGAGGUUCUGAAUCGUUAAAAAUUAUGUCACAAAAUAUUUUAAAAAAAUACAGUUCUGUUUUUGUUUGUUUGUUUUUCUCUCAAGUACAUAGUUACUAGAAUUAGGCUAAAAAAAAGUUGCAUAAUGGAAGUUCUUUAGGAACCUGCUUUAUUAAUCGGUAAGAGUGGAAUGAUGCAACAACUAUUUGCAUAUAAAUGUGCUAGUAUUUUCUUAAGAAUGCCUGAGAACAGUUUGUUUUCUUAAACAGGUUAAAUAAUCAUUCCUCUUGCCAUCUCGUUUACACUCUUCAUCUGCUUAGCCAACCCUUUGUGGCAAAUGCAGAUGUUAACUUCAUCCCAGUCCUCAUCAUUAUGGUUGAAAGGAACCAAGUUUUAUGGUCUGUGCUUUUGUCAAUUCCACUUCAGGCAUCUGGGAUGUCAGAACCAGCGCUGUCUCCUUUCUAGGAUCUGAGUCUGCUUGAAGGAGUCUACCUUUGGGGAGUUGUGAAAAUAUCACUGUUGUACAAAGCGAUAGCUGGAACCAGCCCCCAGAUUGCAGCCUUGAAACAAUGCCAACAUUUCUCCCCUCUUCCUUUCCACCACCUGGUGGACGUUCAUUCAUUAAUGCAUUCAACAAACUACUAGAUGUCAGGUACCACACUGCUGCUCACAUACUGAUAAAACAGUCCCUGCUGUGGAAUGGCUUACUAUUUUGUAGGAGAGACAAAGUAUCUACAUAAAUCCCCUAAAUAACACUUUUACAUUGUUUGUUUACCCAACACGGAAAGCAACAUUGAGGCAGAUGCAGAUGGCAGCCCCAAAUUUACAUAUUUAGUGGCAGAGCCAGAUUUUUGGCUUUAAAGAAAACCAUAUGUACUUAAUUGCUAAUCUGGAAAUGAGCAACCUGAGUAAUAUUCUGCAGGGCUGGGAAGUAGCUUGCUCUGAUGGAAAGCUCAUAGCCUUUGGACUAAAAUAAUCCUACUUCCUCUGCCAUUUGCUAGCAGUAUGACAUAGGGCAAGUACUUCAUUUCUCUGAGCCUCUGUUUCCUCUUUUGUAAAAUGCCUACCUCACAAGGCUGUUGCAAAGAUUAAAAAAGAUAGCACAUGUAAACUGCUUUGCACAGUGCCUGGCAUUUAGCAAAGUAUGCAAUAAAUAUUAAACUCCUCCCCCAAGCCCCAGCCCCAGCCCCAGCCCCAGUCCCAAGAGAAUGUAGCAGUGCUUUAAAAUGUAUACUUUUCAUUUCUAAGUUACCCUGGACUCUCCUGUACGGCCUGUCUCCAAAUUCUUGAAAAAUUCUUGAAACGAUUUUUCCACCUUCAUAAAACCUUUCCCUGACACCCCCCGCCCCAACAUGAAAUUCAAUAGAAGGUCCUAAUUACUUAGGGUUUGGCUUUUCGGGUUCCUGUGUGCUUUCCCAGCUUUGUCUUUUGUCACUUUCUCCCCACCCCUCCACCCCUCCACUGGUUACUCUAGCCAAGCUUAACUAUAUUAUACAAGCUGUUCUCGGGGCCUGGAACAGAAGCAUUAUUAACAAUUUUGAUGCCCACAGUUAGAAAACAGUAGGAAUUGUUAA